CAGAAAUAAGCUUUCUCCAUUUCAACCAAACUAAUCAUGGGAGUUAUUAUGGCAACUAAGAUUUCGAGCUGCUGUUUUCUUCUUCUACUACUCGUUGCAAUUGUUAGCAUGUCUAAGACGGCGGCACUAGCUGAACAGGCGGUCGCAGUUGAGGACGUCUCGGCAGCUCCAAAAUUGGAAUGUCAAAAUGGAGACACAUACGCCAGCCAACUUUGGAUUCACACAACGGACUGCAUUUAUUGCCAAAAUUGGUGUGCAGGUAACUGUACUAAUAUGCAUAGCUCGGUUACUGAUCAAACUUGCACACAGUAUGAUGGACACCCUACAGGUCCUAAUACUAAGUGGUGUCAGUGUUGCUGCAAAAAUGUAUCACCACCACCACCUCCACCCCCAUCACCACCUCCACCUUCGCCUCCACCCCCAUCACCACCUCCACCUCCAUCUCCAUCCCCACCAACUCCUCCAUGUCCAUGCCCAUCUCCACCAGCUUCAGACUGUGGAUGUGGAUGUUGUAACACGGAUGUUAAUAUUCAGAUAUCGAUCAAAUCAGGUGGUACUGCCCAAGUAUCGAAAACUACGUCACCGUCUACAGGUGGUGGUACUUGUAAUGCGUUGUGA